UCAGCUGUCCCUUCCGGGCCACGUGGCUCGAGCGUAGUGUUCCCGGGAGCCCCAGCCCACCUCUGAUCGGCCCUCCGCUUUCGUCUCUAGACCAUAGUUUUCGGGUUCUGUCUUUUCUUCGUGAUCCGUCCAUGUCCGAGGAGAAGGCCAGCAGCCCUUCAGGGAUGAUGGGGGGCGAGGAGAAGCCGGUAGGUGCCAGCGAGGAGAAGCGAAAGGAAGGAGGCAAGAAGAAGAACAAAGAAGGGUCUGGGGAUGGAGGUCGAGCAGAGUUGAAUCCUUGGCCUGAAUAUAUUAACUCACGUCUUGAAAUGUAUAAUAAACUAAAAGCAGAAAAUGAUUCCAUUCUGGCAGAAAAGGCAGAAAAAGAUAGCAAGCCAAUUAAAGUCACCCUGCCCGAUGGUCAACAGGUUGACGCAGAAUCCUGGAAAACUACACCAUAUCAAGUUGCCUGUGGAAUUAGUCAAGGCCUGGCUGACAACACCGUUAUCGCUAAAGUGAAUAAAGUUGUUUGGGACCUGGACCGGCCUCUGGAAGAAGACUGUACCUUGGAGCUUCUCAAGUUUGAGGAUGAGGAGGCUCAAGCAGUAUAUUGGCACUCAAGUGCUCACAUAAUGGGUGAAGCCAUGGAAAGAGUCUAUGGUGGCUGUUUAUGUUAUGGUCCACCGAUAGAAAGCGGAUUCUAUUAUGACAUGUACCUUGAAGACGGGGGUGUGUCCAGCAAUGAUUUCUCUUCUUUAGAGACUUUAUGUAAGAAAAUCAUUAAAGAAAAACAAGCUUUUGAAAGAUUGGAAGUUAAGAAGGAAACUUUGUUGGAAAUGUUUAAGUACAACAAGUUCAAAUGCCGGAUAUUGAAUGAAAAAGUGAAUACUCCAACUACCACAGUCUAUAGGUGUGGCCCCUUGAUAGAUCUCUGCCGGGGUCCUCAUGUCAGACAUACUGGCAAAAUUAAGACUUUGAAAAUACACAAAAAUUCCUCCACAUACUGGGAAGGCAAAGCAGAUAUGGAGACCCUCCAGAGAGUUUACGGAAUAUCAUUCCCAGAUCCUAAAAUGUUGAAAGAGUGGGAGAAGUUCCAAGAGGAAGCUAAAAACCGAGAUCAUAGGAAAAUUGGCAGGGACCAAGAACUCUAUUUCUUCCAUGAACUCAGCCCUGGAAGUUGCUUUUUCCUGCCGAAGGGAGCGUACAUUUAUAAUGCACUUAUUGAAUUCAUCAGGAGUGAAUACAGGAAACGAGGAUUCCAGGAGGUGGUCACCCCAAACAUCUACAACAGCCGACUGUGGGUGACCUCCGGCCACUGGCAGCACUACAGCGAGAACAUGUUCUCCUUUGAGGUGGAGAAGGAGCUGUUUGCUCUGAAACCCAUGAACUGCCCAGGACACUGCCUUAUGUUUGAUCAUCGGCCAAGAUCCUGGCGAGAGUUGCCCCUGAGGGUAGCCGAUUUUGGGGUCCUGCACAGGAAUGAGCUGUCAGGCGCACUGACAGGACUGACACGGGUACGAAGAUUCCAACAGGACGACGCUCACAUAUUCUGUGCCAUGGAGCAGAUUGAAAGUGAAAUAAAAGGUUGUUUGGAUUUUCUGCGUACAGUGUAUAGCAUAUUUGGAUUUUCUUUUAAACUGAACCUGUCUACUCGCCCAGAAAAAUUCCUUGGAGAUAUUGAAGUCUGGAAUCAAGCUGAGAAACAACUUGAAAACAGUCUGAAUGAAUUUGGUGAAAAGUGGGAAUUGAACCCUGGAGAUGGAGCUUUCUAUGGCCCAAAGAUUGACAUACAGAUUAAAGAUGCUAUUGGUCGGUACCACCAAUGUGCAACAAUCCAGCUGGACUUUCAGCUGCCCAUCAGAUUCAAUCUUACUUUCGUAAGCCAUGAUGGUGAUGAUAAGAAGAGGCCAGUGAUUAUACAUAGAGCCAUUCUGGGGUCAGUGGAAAGAAUGAUUGCUAUCCUCACCGAAAACUACGGGGGCAAAUGGCCCUUCUGGCUGUCUCCUCGCCAGGUGAUGGUGGUUCCAGUGGGACCGACAUGUGAUGAAUAUGCCCAAAAGGUCCGGCAACAAUUCCAUGAGGCUAAAUUCAUGGUGGACACUGAUGUGGAUCCAGGCUGUACACUGAACAAGAAGAUCAGAAAUGCACAGUUAGCACAGUAUAAUUUCAUCCUAGUUGUUGGUGAAAAAGAGAAAACCAGCGGCACUGUCAAUAUCCGUACAAGAGAUAAUAAGGUACAUGGAGAGCGCACUGUUUCUGAAACCAUCGAGAGGCUGCAGCAGCUCAAGCGGUCCCGCAGCAAGCAGGCAGAAGAAGAAUUUUAACGGAGCACUUGGCCCCGAAUGGCUCAGUGCAGAAGGAUGCGCCGUGUUGCCAUAUCAUUAAGUUCGUCCUCUGGAAAACUAAUUUACACUCACCUGGGAAUAGUUGGGCAGAGUCUGCAUAGGUGAUUGUAGAUGAGCCUUUUUUGACCUAGAAAGGUUUUAGACAAUGUGUAUGUAAAGAAGGUAAUUAAAAGAGACUCGUUAAAGUGGCUUUAUGCAUUAAACAUUGAGCACCGGAAAUAAACCAUGAGGAAUGCUUCAGUGUGAUGAGGGAGAACAUUUUCAUGAAUUUAAUGCAGUUGAAAAUAAAGUUUUUCAAACUUGAUUUCAGAUAAAAGACGAGGAUUGGAUUAUGGUAUAAAAAUAAAAACUUUAAUUCAUAUAAGAUUCAAAA